UCCGGACAGAAUCGCCCGCCGGGCUCCGGAAAUGAGCCGCUUAUCUCCUUCGUUUCGUUUAGUUUCGGUUUCCAGCUUCCUCCUCCGCCAUCUCUCUCUCUCUCUCUCUCUCUCUCUGUGUCUCUCUCUCUCUCUCUCCGUCUCGCUGUGUGCGUUGCGCACUCGGCGGCUGAACUUUGAUCGGAUCGGCUGCAUGUGGUUGUUGUUAUUGUGGUUGUUGUUGUUGUUGUUGUCGUUUUAAUGAGUGCGGCGGACGGAGCCGCAGGAACCGAGACUUCGGAGGAGCGAUCGACCCCACCAGAAGCGAAAGGCAGCGACAGUCAACGCCAGCUGGACAUGUAGACAGGGAGAGCCUUGUUUACACGGCUGGAGGUCGAAGGUGUGCAGUGUGAAGGUGUGGUGGAGAGUAUGUCUGACAUCUGACGGCGACUUUGAGAACCGGGGAUGGAGGGCGAGCGAAGCGGCGCGGGCGGAGGGGAGCCGCCGGUGGAGGACGAGUUUGCGUGCGCCGACGUGCUGCGGGGGCCCCUGGCCUCCCUCCACGGCACCGUGGAGCGGCUAUUCGGCGUGACCUUCGGCCUCGGGGCGGACGGCGGCGGCUCCCACGGCGACGGCGGGCAGAUAUGGCUGAAGCUGCGAGGGCCGAGCGGCGACGUGAGAGCCGCCAAAUUGUUUGUGAAAGGCCUCGUGAACCAGGAGCAGCAGAAGGAGGUUUCUUACCCCGAGGUCCUUCACUGCAUCUUCUGUGGGGCCCGAGGGCUGUUCGUGGACGGCCUGACAAAAAACACCUCGGCACAUAUAGUGGUGGACUCCGCGGGCUUCCUGCUCAUAUCCGGUCUGGAGGAGCCGGUGGUGCGAGCCUACUCCCUGAUAACGGACCUGGUGGAGCGGUACGAGGGCGCGCAGUCCGGGCACGCGGGCCCCGGCGAGUCCCUGGAUUCGCGCCGGGCCUUCAAAGACCUGGUGGAGAAAUGGGAGGACAAGCACUUCCUGGAUCUUCUGGCGCUGCCGGGGUCGGUGAAGGAAGUCCUGCUGGGUUUGGUGAGAGAAUCCGGGCUCGGAUUGAGCCCCGCCCGGCCUCUGACGGACAGAAAUGCGCUACGCCGCGAGGACUCGGAGGACGUGCGAACGGGCAAACCUUUCGCCGGUAGGUGCGCGCUUCCCGAGCCUUCGAGGACUUCUGAAGGUUUGCCCGCAGGUUUGGGGAAAGACUCUGCAACCGGGGACCCCUCAUUCCGGUGCGAGUUCGCCGACAACCGAGGGGGGGCAGAGGGCGCCGAGGGAGGAGCCGCGCGCUCUCCUCCGGACGUGCGAGCAGCGCCGCCGCAGUUAAACACCAAGACGAAGGAGGAGGAGGAACGAGAUCUGCAGAUGUCAUCGGGAAACAAGGAGUUUUGGCUCCUUUUGAAGUUCUUCACCGCCAUGGGGUACACGGAGGACGUGGUGAAACGGGUCCUCGCCCGCACGGGCCCCAAAGAGGCCUCGCAGAUACUGGACGUGGUUCAGCAGGAGCAGGACCGCAGCGACCGCCAGCAGGCGGAGGAAAGCCGGGACGAGAGGAACCGACCCUGCGAGACGGAGCACAGGGAGGAGGAAGCGAUGGAGGUGGCGGGGGACGAGUCGCUGGAGGGAGCGCCGGGAGACGGCGGACACUCCGGGGCGAAGCGCGGUGUCGCCGGGGAAAGGGGGGACUCACCCGAGGAGGACUUCGUCCUGGGAGUGGUGAAGAAAGCGGCGGCCAGCUGCGGGUACAUGGAGCAGAAAGUGGCCAAAGUGUACAACAUGUUGCCCGACGGAUCCACUCGCCAGCUGCUCCUGGAGCUGCAGAGAGAGGUGAGCAAAGAGAAGGAGGCCCUCCGGGAGGGGCCGAGGGAGAUGGACGACGUGUCGCCGGACAAAGUUAGAUCUUCUGGAGGGAGGGCGAGAGAAGCCGAGCUUUUGAUACCGGCAGAAGAGAGCAAAUUGAAUGAUAAGAGGCGUGCGGACCCACAGACCCCACAGACCCCACACCGAGUCGCCCCGGCUGAGGUCAAAGGGCCGCCCAUGCCCACUUACCCCUCGCGCCGCCACCCCGCACUCGACUUCAUCCAAACCACCAAACGACAUGGCCAGGCCACCCCCCGGCUUGACGCAUCCCCCCCGAAACACAUGGAUCCGACCUACGACCAGGACCCACACCCCAAACACAAGGCGGCCCAAGUGCCGCAACCCCACCUCUCCCCCAGGAACGACCCGCCGCCCUCCGGAGCGAGAGACAGGCGGGGCUUCACGGCCGCCUCUUCGGUGGUGGUGACGGGGGAGCAGCGCUUUCUGGAAGGCCUGCUGACGCCCUUCGACCUCCAGCUCACGGACCAGACGGGAGACCCGAACGUGAGGGCGAUCAUCAUCGACGGGAGCAACGUGGCCAUGAGUCACGGGUUGGGUCACUUCUUCUCCUGUCGAGGCAUCGCUCUGGCCGUGCAGCACUUUUGGGACCGGGGUCAUCGACACAUCAGCGCCCUCGUGCCUCAGUGGCGGCAGAAGAGCAACCCCAAGAUCAAAGAGCAGCACUAUCUGACGGAGCUGCAGAAGCUGGGCCUGCUCGCCUACACCCCCUCCAGAGAGGUGCAGGGCAAGAUGAUCAGCUCGUACGACGACAGAUUCAUGCUGCAGCACGCGCAGAAGACCGACGGCGUGAUCGUAACUAACGACAACCUGAGAGACCUUUCAGACGAGUCCCCCGUGUGGAGGGACAUCAUCAAAAAGAGACUUCUCCAGUACACGUUUGUCGGGGAUCACUUCAUGGUGCCGGACGACCCUCUGGGCCGAGGGGGGCCUCACCUGGACGACUUCCUGCGCUCAGAUCACAGGACUCCGGAACCAGGGAACCACUCUUUUGCCGGCGCCUCCACGGCGUUCCCCUCCUCCGAGCCCGUGCGUUGUUCCCAGACGGAGCUCCUGAACCUCCGCGACCGCGUGCCGGGCGGCGGCGGCAACCGGGGGAGCCGGAGGGGCCGCGGGAAAGGGCGGGACGCGGGACUCCUGCAGGGGCGGCUGGCGGAGAGGGGCCCGGAGGAGACGGCGGCCCUCAGGGAGCAGCUGUGCCAGGUGUUCCCGGGUCAGGACAACAUGGUGGCACUGGUGCUGCAGAGCCACCCGGCCGAGACGGACAUCAACGUGCUGUCCGAUCUGCUCUUGGAGCAGUAAUGGCGCGUUUCCACCGAGCGGCACGGUACGGGUCGGGUCUGUUAACCAUGAUUUGGCAAAGCGUUUCCACCGCCAACAGUACCCUUACUUGAUAGGCGAUAAAACUGAAAGCUAAC